CUCUGUGAAUGAGGGAUAGCAUGCACGAAUCCGUCAAAGCGGCGAGUGAAGGGAACGUAACGGGAACACCCCGACUAUCACGCAUUAGAUCUCCUUCCCUCUCUCUCCCAUGAUCCAGAACAUGAACAUGCGACCUAAUAAUCAAUGCAUGCCGACGAUCACGGACAAUUCUGACCUUUGCAACACAAUUCGAUUUUUGUUUGCGCUCCUUCCAGUAAAAGCUUGAUUGGUGGAUUAAAGGAUACGCGAACAAGAGCGAUUUUGACUCGUUCUGGAUCGAUCCUGACUACUUUUUCUCAUUGAUUUUGAUGCUCUUUGUUCUCUUUCUUAGCGGUAUGAUCAAUCCACUAUGUUCCUCUACAGAUUUGGCUUUUUCUUCUUUUUGAAUGAGAAUUCAGAAGCUGGUGCUGCGGUUUCGGUUCUGUUGGUGAGACUGUUUCUGUUUCUGUGGAACGACUCUUGAUGUAGGAAUGCACGUUCUCUGGUUGAAAUCAAUUGAAUGACCGUUUCCUGGCGAAGGAAUUAUUGAUUCUAAGAGUGUAUUGGCAAGAAUGGGAUACUUUGAUCUAUUUAAUCUAUUUUUUUGAUCGUUUCAGAUAAUAGAAUAGUUGGUCUACGUUAAAAACUUGGAGAUGGCAAAGGAAGAAGGUGGUCUGGCGGUAUUGAACAAGAUUGGAGGCGGUGAAGAUAAAGGAAUUAGGAAGAUCCCAGUUCUUCGGAGGGAGCCUUCCUUCUCGAGGUGGUACAGUGAAGUUGGGAUUGAUAGCUUGAACAGUAGUUCGAGGAAUGGGGGGGAGGAUGGAGAUUUUGAGCUGCCCAUAGUUCAGAUCGAUGGGGCUGACAAUGGGGUCAUGGAUAGAGAGGGGAACAGUUCAGCUAAGAUCGGUCACUUAUUGAACAGAUCGAACAGUUUUCGCCAUAGAAAUGUUCAUCUCUAUGAUGAAGACGCGGGAAAUGAUUCGCCCUGCAUUCGUGAAGAUAGUACCGGAAACGGAGAAGAUGUCAGUUUGCCGCGCAAUCAUGAAGAUUCUGCUGGAAGCGGAGAAAAUUUCUCUCCGUUUCUUGUUGAGCAUGAAAAUGGCAGCGUGCCAGGCCGGGUUUCAUCUCCUAAAGAUAGGAGUUUUCGUGAAGUCACGACUGAGGAUGAUAAUGUAGAAUGUUUGAUUCAACCGAAACCAAAGGAUCAGCGCUGUAUUUCUGCAACAUUGUUGCUCAGGACAUUAUUUUUUACACUUAUAUGGUAUACUUCCAGCACAUGCUUGACAGUAUAUAACAAGUCACUUUUGGGAGACCACUUGGGAAAAUUCCCAGCUCCCUUGCUGAUGAAUACAGUUCAUUUUACAAUGCAAGCUCUUUUAUCGAAGGCUAUUAUGUGGUUCUGGUCUCAAAGAUUUGAAGCAAGUGAAGUCAUGUCUUGGAGGAACUACUUCCUAAGGGUCGUGCCAACUGCUCUUGGAACUGCACUGGACAUAAAUUUGAGCAAUGCAUCUCUUGUUUUCAUAUCUGUGACAUUUGCUACAAUGUGUAAAUCUGCAUCUCCAGUAUUUCUCCUUCUAUUUGCUUUUUCCUUCAAGUUGGAAGCUCCAAGCCUUAAACUUUUGGGGAUCAUAUUCAUAAUCUCUACUGGAGUCCUCUUAACAGUAGCCAAAGAGACAGAGUUUGCAUUCCAAGGGUUUUUGUUUGUUAUGCUUGCUGCUGUUAUGUCAGGAUUUCGUUGGUCAAUGACUCAAAUUCUAUUACAGCAAAGCAGCUACUUUGAUGAUUCACGGCACAUCAUUCGAAGCUGCUUGCUCAUGAUUAUUGGAGGUGCUCUUGCAUUUUUUAUGGUUUUAAUGGAGUACAUUCUUGUUUCCGCAACGAGUGCUGUGACAGUCACAAUUGCAGGUGUUGUCAAGGAAGCUGUGACUAUUGUGGUUGCAAUAUUUUACUUCCAUGAUGAGUUCAAUUUGUUGAAAGGACUUGGUCUCUUCAUCAUAAUGGUUGGUGUCAGUUUAUUUAACUGGUACAAGUACCACAAGCUUCAGAAAGGCCAUCUAAGUGAACAUGAAAAGACAAUUGGUUCAUUACAUGAAAAUGGAACAGCAAGAUAUGUCAUUGUUGAUGAUAUAGAAGAGGUGGACGAGGAAGCUUGAAAAACAUAGUUCUCAAUUGACAUAAAUUGGACAAUGAGUUUUGAGAUGUUGUGGCAACGUAAAUGGCAGCAGAAGCAAGAUUUAUGUAUCCGCUUACAGGAGGUUCUUUUCUAACUUGAAGAAUGCCAAUUCCAUUACGUACUACAACAUAAAUUGGCCGUCCAUUUGUGUUUGGCGCAUAAUCUGCUGGCUCUUCAUGGUCGAUCUUCGAUGAGCACCUGCUCUUGUAUUUCUAUCUAAUGCUUCAAGUACAGGAAAUACGAAAGUAUCGGAAGGUUGGUUUGCAACGUUAAUGGAGUUUACCCAACUAAAGGUUUGUAUUUGAUCACCUCGUGUUGUGACCACUACUACUAAUGGGGCCUCCAAGCUGCAGCGUUUGAUUAGAAGAGACCCAAGCCAAAUAGUCUCUAUUUAAUUCAUUCUUCAAAAUUUUAAAUUAUUGGUUAUGUACAGGAAAAUAACACCCUAAAAUUGAUUGGGGAGUAAGGAAGUUUUUCUUUUGAAGAUAUUUCCACAGUUUUGUU